AAUCAACCGACAAUGAUAGACGAUUUUUGAAUCGUUUGAAUGGGCCAAUUUUUGCAAGGUUGUGACUUGUGAGCAAAACCGGUUAUGCAGGUUAUCCUGCUAGUAGAGAGCCAAUCGGAAAGCAGAAUAGCUUAUAUCCGGUAAAUAAAAAUCAAAAGGUAAAGAAGGGAAAACCCUUAGCGGACUGUGGGGAAACAUCGAUUUUUUGGAUCAGACUCCCAAUAAAAACCGCAAUAAAGUGUUUAUUUAGUACUAUCUUACAGUAUAGUGUGCGGUGCUAAUACAAUCUAUAUCAUAAUUGAUAAACAAUAUGGGGAGCUCCUUUUCUACUAAUCCGACGCCACAAGAGCACAGUCUAUCACUGGCUUUGGUUCAAUACGACACCCAGAAAGCCAACGCAGCCAUACAACAUACCAAUAGCGACUUUGUCGAUCCGCACUGUUUGGUGAACACCCUUUUGCCGGGAGAUAUGAUUCAAAAGAAGGGUAACUUUAUUCUUCAGUGGUUCUACAGUCACUUUGCGAUCUACAUCGGUAAUGGCGAGAUAGUUCAUGCUACCAUCCCCAACAACCAGAUGUACGGAAAGUGCUUUAUCGCCAGGGCGAUUAUGGUAAACGAGUUCAGUAGCGAACUUGUGAGAAAAAACAAUCACUUAGACAACGCAGUUGGUUUUCAGAUUCAACCUCUCCAUCAUAUCGUGCAAACAGCUCGAGGUCAAGUUGGUCAACCUUGGGAUUACAACUUCAUCACGCACAACUGCGAGCAUUUUACAACAUGGUGUCGAUACGGCCGCGAAGUUAGUCUUCAGUCUUGGGGCAUUGGUGACCUAAUAUCUGGUAAAAUUUCCUUGGGCGAGUAUGUGGCUCACAGUGUUUACAGUAUCAAGGAAAAAGCGACUACGUUUUGGAGCUGGUUUAAACGUAAAACAGUGGGUAUUUAUUAUUCCAUUGGGUAAGUCUGAAACACAUUUUUAUCAAAUAUGAUGUAGCCGAAAUGCAACAGGAAAGGAAUAGAGGUUACGAUUUUUCUCAGAAAAGUCGUAUCUUUGUGAGAAACUCCAAGUGCUUCACAGGCCUAGAGCGUAGUCCAGGCCAGGGACGCCGGAACGAUGUGAAGGCAAGGGGGGGCAGAUUUUCGUG